UGGAACGACAAAAGGUUUGGCCGCUAAUAGCCGGGAGCAAUUCUACUUUUAUAGUUCACUUCUGGUGUCGGAAGUGAUUUAUUCAUUAUUACAACCUAGCUAUUUAUCCGAGUAAGGUUAGUUCCUUGUUCCUCUGAAUGUUUCGAAAAGUACUGGAGCGAUCACGGCUCAAGUGGCGGUCAUACCGGCACCGAUUUUUGCCUUGGAUUGUUUUAAACAUUUCUAAAAAUGAGAAAACACUUCGACAUGUUCAAGAGCGCCGUGAGGACAAGUUGGUCCCGGACGAAGAGGUCUCACGGAACCUCCUGCAUUUCUUCCGAGUUCUCCACAGGGCAAAUCGUCGUGUGGAAUUCGGUAAUUUCCACAGCCAGGUAAUAAGUGACUACGAGCGGCGUGUACAUGAUGCCAUGUUCCAAUCACUUGGAUUCUGCAUCGACCGGAAGCCCAGCACACUUCCCAAUGCAGGAAAUGGAGUGUUUGUCACCAGGGGCUUGGUACCCAAAGGAGCAACAGUUGCCAUGUAUCCUGGUACCAUCUACCAAGCUUAUGAGCCUAUUCUCCUUCAAUCCAUCAGAAACCCAUUCGUCUUUCGAUGCAUCGACGGCGUCUUGGUUGACGGAAAUGACAAAGGGAUCUCCAAGAUGGUGUACAAGUCAUGCAGUGGCAGAGACCGAAUGGGCCCUUUCAUGAUGAGUGAUACCACCUGGCUGACAGUCACUCCACAGAAUCCGCUGGCAGUGGGUCAGUAUGUGAACAAUUGCUCUAAUGAGAGGCCCGCCAAUGUGUGCUACCAGGAGUAUGAUGUUCCCGACACACUUCCCAUGGAGUUUCGGUGUUAUCUUCCCAAUGUCAACUACAGUGCGCAUUCGCAGAGACCUCUUCGCUGUGUGGUCCUUGUAUCACUCAGAGACAUUACAGCAGGAGAGGAGCUAUUUUCCAACUACUACACUAUUGUGCAUUAGAAGCAUCAAUAUGACAUUGACCUAAUAAGGACCACUCAGAGCGAAUUACCCAAAAAUAAAAUGUGCCUCCACA